AUGCCAAAGAACAUACUUGUCACAGGUGCGACCGGUCAGCAAGGCGCAUCCCUAAUCGCAGCCUUGCGACCAAGCGAAGACGCCAACGCCACUUCGGAGUAUCACGUCCUCGCGCUGACGCGGAGCAAAUCCACCUCUUCAGCCGACCGUUUGUCCCAAGAAAAGCAUGUCACCGUAGUUGAGGGUGACUUGAAUAAUCGCACCUCCGCAAUCCGUGUCUUUGAGGACGCAAAGAACAGGGAGGGGGGCAGCAUCUGGGGUGUGUUUAUGGUACUCGCCUUUCCGGGACUGGGGAAGAAUGCAGAUGGGGAAGAGGCACAGGGGAAGUUGCUGGCGGACAUUGCUCUGGAAUACGGCGUCUCGGCAUUUGUUCACUCCUCUGCCCUGCGUUCGGGCCCAAAGUAUGAUGACGAGUUGAAGCUGUCAGGAAAAGCAAAGGUCAGUAUAGAGAGACAUGUAAAGGAAAUCGGACUGCCUUGGGUGAUCGUGAAGCCCGGAUUCUUCAUGGAGAACUUCUCAGGAGCGCUAGGUGCUCUCGCCGUGAACCUAAUGCAGAUUGGUCUCAGGCCCGAGACACGUCUUGAUCUAGUCGCUGCAGAUGACAUAGGGCGUGUUGUUGCGGCUGUCUUCAAGAACUUUUCCAAAUGCUCAUCCCGUGAGCUGAUCAUCAUUUCCGAAUCCUUAACAGCCAGCCAAAUAGCAGAGCAAUAUCGUCACACCGCAGGACUCAUUGGCUUUUAUGUUUCGCCAUAUCUUGCAUGGUUGGUGUUGAAAGUCAAUGCUGAUACGCAGAAGCUUGUACAAACCAUUAAAGACACGCAUGAUCGAUCGGUCAAUGGGGACUAUCCCGAGCGCGAGGCAGAGAUGCGAAUAGCAACGGAUGUGUAUGCCCCACGAACUACGUUCCAAGAAUGGGUCAGCAAGACAAACUCAAAGACCAAGGAGGGUUGGAACAGGUUAAGUCUCUGGGGUCUGCUUACAGGGGGGUCUUGA